AUGUCUUCCUCAAGGGUUCAACUUCAACUAGAACACUUUCAAAUUCCACUGCAGGAGAUUCUCCGUGCAACUCAAAACUUCGGUGCAGAAACUCUGAUUGGAAAUGGUGAGUUCGGAAAUGUCUACAAAGGACAACUCUCCAAGCGCUGGCAAAACCGCUCUGUGGCGAUCAAGCGCUUUGAUCUGCAAGCUUAUCAAGGACAUGAUGAGUUCGUUUAUGAGCUUGAGAUGGUUUCCAAAAUCCAACAUCAAAACAUCAUUCCCUUCAUUGGUUACUGUGAUGAAGACAAUGAGAUGAUUGUAGUCUACGAAUAUGCAGUGAAUGGAAGCCUUGAUGAUUAUCUCCAAAAUCCGGAAAAGAGGAGUCGCCUAUCUUGGGCACAACGCCUGAAGAUUUGUAUAGGAGCAGCAAGAGGACUCGAGUAUCUUCACUCAGGUCUUGGGGUUUACAGAAUAGUACAUAGAAACGUGAAGAGCGCAAGCAUAUUAUUAGACGAAAAUCUGGAAGCAAAAAUUUGUGAUUUUGGUUUGUCAAGAAAAGUCCCCACAAAUGUUCAGCAACAUACACAAAUGUAUACAAAAGUUGCGGGUACCAAUUUCUACAUGGACCCAAUAUACUAUGAAAGAGGGAGGAUCAGCAAAGAAUCAGACAUAUACUCAUUUGGUGUGGUACUGUUUGAACUGUUGACUGGGAUGAUGGCUUAUCACGUAAAGAUGAUCGGCGAUCUUAACCCACAACCUUUGAUGAACCUGGUACGAGACUACCAAGAUGAGGGGCUGGAAAAGUUAAUUGAUCCGUAUAUGAUAACUCAAAUAGAUGCUCGUUCUUUCCAUAAGUUUGAAGAAAUUGCAUACCACUGCAUCAGUUUCAAAUUAAAGGAACGCCCUUCGGCAAACCAUAUCAUCAAGUGGAUUGAGAUAGCACUGGAUUUUCAAUUACAGAACCAGGAAGCUGCUUCAGCAAUUACCAUUCAAAGCCACCAAUAUCAAAACCUAGAAAGUUUUCUCAUUCCACUGGAGGAGAUAAGAUUGGCCACCCAUGACUUCAGUCAUGAAACUCGGAUUGGAGAUGGUGAAUUUGGUGUAAUCUACAAAGGCAAACUGUCUCAGCAAUGGCAAAACCGCAAUGCUGCAUUCAAACGCUAUCAUCGCACUGGAGGAUUUGGAGAGGAAGAGUUCCAUAAUGAGGUAAAGAUGAUAUCCAGCUUCAACCAUGAAAACAUCAUCCAUUUCAUUGGCUACUGCGAUGAAGGAAGUGAGAUGAUUAUUGUUUCUGAAUACGCUUCAAAUGGAAGCCUUGAUCAGCAUCUUCAGGACCCAAUUAAGAUAAGUUGCAUAACAUGGAUGCAGCGCCUUAAGAUUUGCUUGGGGGCAGCAAAAGCACUCAAGUAUCUUCACUCGGGUAUUGGUGAGGAAAGCAGAGUAAUUCACAGGGAUGUAACAAGUGCAAAUGUAUUAUUAGAUGACAAUCUGGAUGCCAAAGUUUGUGGAUUUCAUUUGUCAUUAUUAGUCCACCAAAAUCAGCGACAAGUCUAUGAAAAUGUUGUGGGUACCGAAUAUUACUUGGAUCCCGUUUACAAUGAAAGUGGCAUCGUGGAGACAAAUUCAGACGUCUACUCGUUUGGGGUGAUACUGUUUGAGAUGUUGAGUGGGAUGUUGGCGUGUCAAGGAAGGAGCAUUGAUGAUGAUGAGCCACAAAAACUCAUAAAUUUGGUCAGACGAUACUAUGAUGAUGGACUGGAUAGGUUAAAUGAUCCUAAUAUACGAGUUCAAAUUAAUAUUCGAUCUUUCCAUGUGUUUAAGGAAAUUGCUUAUCAGUGUCUUAGUUGGAACUCCAACGAUCGCCCUACGAUGAACAUGAUCAUCAGGAGGAUUGAAGAUGCACUGGAUAUUCAAAGCCCUCGUGCUGAUUCAAGCAUUACCAUGCGAAGCCACAAACGUCAGAACCUACAAAAUUUCCUAAUUCCACUGGAAGAGAUUAGGCUGGCCACAGGAGAUUUCAAUCCUGAAACUCGGAUCCGACAGGGUGCAUUUGGUGUGGUCUACAAAGGACAGCUCUCAGAUCGUUGGCAAAACCGCACAGCUACGUUUAAAAGAUUAGAUCGCACUGGUGGGUUUGGAGAGAAUGAGUUCCUUAAUGAGGUUAAAAUGAUGUCCACUUUCAACCAUGCAAACAUCAUCCCUUUCAUCGGGUUUUGCGAUGAAGGGAAUGAAAAGAUUUUAGUAUAUGAGUAUGCUAUCAAUGGAACGCUUGCUGAUUAUCUCCAAGACCCUGAUAAGAUUCGUUUCUUAACAUGGGCACAACGCCUGAAGAUUUGCAUUGGAGCAGCAAGAGGACUCAACCACCUUCACUCAGGCCUUGGGGAGGACAAUAGACCACAAGUUUAUGCUAGUGUUGAGGGUACCCGAUAUUACCUGGAUCCCAUUUACAAUGAAAGUGGCAUUCUCAAAAUAGAAUCAGACAUUUACUCAUACGGGGUGAUGUUGUUUGAAAUGUUAAAUGGGAUGCUGGCUUGUGAAAAAAGGAGCAUUGGUGAUAAUAAGCCACAAACACUCAUAAAUUUGGUCCGGCGCUAUUACGAUGAAGGACCUGACACCUUAAUUGAUCCUCUUCUCAGAGGUCAAAUUAAUAUUCUUUCUUUGCAUUCGUUUAAGAAAAUUGCAUAUCGAUGCAUCAGUUUGAACUUGAAGGAUCGCCCUACGUCUAACAGGAUCAUCAAAAGAAUUGAGGAAGCGCUAAAUAUUCAAUCACAGAUCCACGGAGCACCUUCAACCAUUACCACACAAAGCCAGCAAUUAGAAAGUUUUCUAAUUCCACUAAAGGAUAUCAAAUUGGCAACCAGAGAAUUCAAUCCUGAAAAUCUGAUCGGAGAUGGUGGAUUUGGUACUGUCUACAAAGGACAACUCUCUAAAGACCGGAAAAACUGCAUAGACGUUGCCAUCAAACGCCUUAAUCUGGAAGGUCACCAAGGAAAGAAGGAGUUCCUUAGCGAGCUUAAGUUGAUUGCCAACUUCCAUCAUCAAAACAUAAUCCCUUUUGUUGGAUACUGCGAAGAAGACAAGGAGAUGAUUAUUGUUUCCAGAUACGCUAUCAACCGAAGCCUGGAUCACCAUCUUCACAACCCAAGUAAGAGGCGUUUGCUAACAUGGGCACAACGCCUCAAGAUUUGCUUAGGGGCAGCGAAAGGACUUGACUACCUCCAUUCAGGCCUAGGGAAGGACCACCAAGUGAUACACAGAGACGUGAAGAGUGGAAACAUAUUAUUAGACGAAAAUCUAGAUGCUAAAAUUUGUGAUUUUGGCUUGUCAAAAGAAGGCCUUGGAACUCAGCAACUUACCCAUGUCUUUACAAAAGCUGCGGGUACUAACUUCUAUUUGGAUCCGGUUUACCAGGAAAGUGGCAUCCUCUCUAAAAAGUCAGACGUCUACUCAUUCGGAGUUGUAUUGUUUGAAAUCUUGAGUGGGGCUAUGUCUUAUGUCCCAACCAAGUUCGUAGAUGGUAGCCCACAAUAUCUUAUAAACCUUGUCAGACGCUAUUACAAUGAAGGGCCUGAGAAAUUAUUUGAUCCAAUUAUAAAAGAUCAAGUCGGUAGCCGUUGCUUCCAUAUAUUCAAAGAACUUGCAUAUCAGUGCAUAAGCUUAAAUUCAAAGGAGCGCCCUACAAUGGACACAAUUAUUGACAGGAUCGAGGAUGCCAUGGAUUUUCAAUGA